UUUACCUCCUCUUUUUCUCCUCUUUCCCCGAACCCCAAUCUCUCUCUCUCUCUCUCUCUCUUCUGAGACUCUAGAAGUAGAAGGAGAAGCGAGCGGGCGAAACCCCAACCGUGACCCUUGAGGGCUUUUUCGAUCGGGGGCGUGGCUUCGAACCUGCUCUUUGAGUCCGCCGACAGCUGAUGAGCUGGGGCGAUCGGAGGAUUUGGCGGGCGAGAUCCGAAACCCUAGCGCCUGCCGCGAGUUCCGAUGGAAACGGCGGUUUUCGUGGCGGCGAGCCACGGUGUAGCUCUGACCCGAUCGACCUGACGCGCUUCGAUUUGCAUAUCGCGGUUCGAUUUGGAGCGUCAUUACAUCGAUGGUUUGGAUUUUUUUUCAUUUUUAAGGGAUUGCGGAGGAGGUCAAUAGUUGGUUCGUUCUCUAGAAUGGAACAUGAUUUUUGAGCUAAAUAGGGGCAGCCAGGUAUUGGCAUCGUGAUUUCGUUUAGAGCAUUGGUGUGAUGGUCGUGAAAAAAUUCACGUCUUCUUACUGUAAACAUUAUCGUUAUUAGUGGUUUCUUGAGAAAUUUUUCCUUUUGUUCUUGCGGACCUUUUUUUUGAUAUACAUAAUUAUGGGAGCCAACUGUUGUGUGGCUGCAAGGGACAAGCCAUUGCCCAGUAGAGGUCAGUUGGAAGUUUCUACUUAUAGGAACAUCAGACACUCACCUUCAUGGAGCUUCCGAUGGGAUAAUCGAACACACAUAGAGGAUAUCAUGGAAAACCCGAGCCGAUUUUCUCAUAACAAUAGUGGAAAUGUAGGCUCUGAAAUUAAGAGUGGGGCGACCACAGAAACUGAAGGCCUUUCAGAGGGGGGAAGUCCACCAAAUCCUUUUCAGACACAAAAGUGGCAUAAAUCUUCUACAAAGUUCGGAGCUGAUGGGAAGUCUAAACCUGCUGCUGAUCAAUUUGUUGGAAGCAAUUCAUCCCCUGAGGAAAAGAACUCCAUCGAGUCAACAGGCAUAGCAAGUGCUUCAGAUGCCAAGCCUUCAAUUUCAGUUCCAAUAAGUCCAUCGUCGGCAUUCAAUUCAGACCCUUCAUCCUCUAGAAGUCACUCUCUACCCUCAGACCCAACUUCAUCAAGUAAAGCCCGCCAUUCGCCAGGAUACCAACUCUCUAGCCAGGUCUCUGAUAGCAGAAUUCCAUCUCUUCAGUCCCUGAAUGAGAAUAGCUCUCCCGAAGAAAGACAGUCCUUUGUUCUCUCUGUCUGCAGCAAUGACUUGUCUACGGGAGGAUCUCAUGGUGGGUCUUCUGAUGGCUGGUCCAUGCGUACAUUUUCUGAGCUGGUGGCUUCUCAGCGAGAGAGAUGGUCAUUUGACAGUGAAAAGCUUAGCUCCAGCAACAGCAAAAUAGGAAGAUCAAACACUCAACAAACAACACCUCUCUCUCCUGAUUGGCAAACAUGCAGGGUUUGCUCAAAGCUAUUAAAGGAGAGAUCUCCAUGGAGCACUCAGAAAAUAGUGUCUACCAAUGAGUUGUCUGCUGUUGCAGUUCUGGUUUGUGGGCAUGUGUAUCAUGCUGAUUGCUUGGAAAACAUGACACCUGAAGCUGAAAGAUAUGACCCACCGUGCCCUGUCUGCACCCAUGGAGAGAAAUCUACUGCAAAACUGUCAGGAAAAGCCGAAUUGAAGGGACGAAGCAAGAUCUCCAGGAUUGCAGUGGCUGACAUUGAUGUGGACAGUGAUCCUGUCUCUGAGCACCGGAAAAGGAGUGGGAAAAGCCCGAGGAUGGGAGCUAGUUCUAGCAUGAAGAGCUCCUUUGGCAGGCCUUUCUUGAGGCGACACUUCUCUAUGGGGUCACGACCAACACGGUCAGUGUCAGAGAAUGAGUCCGCAAGGAAGAAAGGGUUCUGGGCAAGGUACCGGAGAGAUUGAACUAGCCCCUUGCUCUCCCGUGUUCAGGUAAAGAGGUGAGCAGCUCCUCUGAUUCUUGUUUGCUGCUCAGAGUCAAUAUGCACAAUUCCUGGAAAAGUAAUUUCUCUUUACCCUCGUGCACUUAAAUAAACAAAGUAUUCUUCUUUGCCUGCUACUGUUGCUUUAAUGAUACAGAAUACCUCUCUUACUUCUCUAUGGAGUGCGAAACAAAUGCUUGAAAUGUUCCCGAGCAAGCAUGUGUUUCUGUAUGGAAAACCAAGGACGAUGCUGACAGCUGAGGUAUCAACCAUCUCCAUUGCCUCACUGUUCUGGAAAACCCAGGGCAUUCGGCAUGCUCGGAGAUGCAGAAUAAACUUCCCCUUGGACGUAUCAAAGGAUAUUCAUUGCAGAUUAGUCUAGAGUUCAGAUGGUUCACGGAACAGAAAAGUUGCUGGUAAGAUUGAGAUCUUGGAUUAAAUCCCCCAAUCCAGCAUCUUUUUAUUAUUAUUUUCUUGCUGUAUUUGUCAGUAAUGUUCGUAGAUUCAUUUUCAUUGUUUCUUCUGCACCUUUUCUUGCUUGAGAAAUUAUAGUAUGAAAGCUACUGCAAAUAGUCUAUGAAAUAAGUGUGGGUGGAACCUAUGGUGAUGCAAAUAUCGUGCUGUUGGUGUGGAAUUUUAAUGACGACGCUUGUGUUUUUAUUUUUUUGUUUGGCCUCUUGGUUGUGCCGUAUGUUUCUCGAUGGAGUAGGCGGCCGAAAUCUAUCUCCUCCAUUCAAACUCUAAGUUGAAGGCAUUCUAGUUGGUUGUUACUUCGUGCUUCAGGUUGGACUACUUAAGGUUGAAGGUUUGUAUGAUCACCAACUGGACUUCUAUAUUUCUUGACAAGCCUUGCUGUCACCAAGAAUACCAUGUUAGGAAUCUGGAUGAAGGCGGCUCGAUAACAUUUUCAUGAUACAGAAACAGCCGACCCCAUAUUGGUGGGUGAAGGAUUGCUGGAGACGGUUCUUAAUUUAUGGGUUCAGUGAAAUGGUCAGUUGUUUGCGAUGGAUGAAUAGGUGAUGUCACCUUGCAGGUGUCUUAUCCCUGCGCAGUCUGUGCGCGGUUCUGACACCUUGCAUCAUUUUGAUGGAAACUCUUGAUUACGCGACCGGCUGAUCUAGUUCUCAGAAUCCCUUGCAUGUGCUAAAGUCUAUAUCCUUCGUGUGAGGUGGCAUCUUUGGCUGAGUGAACUUGCCCUAAUUCUUAGAAUGUUUGUCGGGAGAGGAAGCUCAAUAUUUACUUAAUGCAAAACCUUUGAAAUUCGACCAUCCCAGCCGCGUCCUGUAUGCGUGUGUUGAAAUGCUUCCAAUUUGCAGUGAAGACCGCCGUGCGUUUCGCAACCCAAGCAGUUUAGCCGGUAAUGUGGAACGAUGGUCUAGUUUCUGUGAGUGGACACGGCUAAAUUUGCAUCAUGAGCUGAUUUGUCCUUUGACCGCAAUCCCAGGACAUACUUCCUUCAAACGAGGAAACAAACUUGUAAAUAGAAAUUGUUUCGUAAGAACUACUUAUUGGACU